UUACAUCAAAAAGAUUUGCAGCAUCACGCUGAAGAAAAUGAAAUAUUUAAAUCGGUCAAAGACAUAGUUAAUUUAUUAGCAUUUAAAAUUCUAAAUGAACAAGGUUCUUUGUCUGAAAUAAUUGCUCUAAGAAAUGCAACACGAAGGGUUCAAGAUUAUCUAAAAGCAUCUUUAAAUUUAUUCUUAUAUUGCAUUACUUUUGGUCUAGUUUUUUCAAUGGGCAAUCCUUUAGGUGGCGAUAAAGAAUGGUUAAGUUUGAAUGAGGAUAAUUUCGAAAAAACAUUAAAUUUACUAAAAGAAAACGAAGAGUUGAAAUUGGCAUUAGAAGAAAAAAAUGAAAACUGCGGUCCAAAGAUUAUGAAUGGAUUAGUUGACUAUGCA